GAAAUUUCCAGAUAAGAUAGCUACAUACCGGAAUUAAAAUGGCUCUCAUCAACUGUGUCAAGCUUAAUAGGCAACAGGAUAAAUAAUCGAUCAAUUCCCUUGGCAAUACAGAAUCGGAAACCAAUUCUUCAUCAAUUUACUCUUCAACUUUCCACACCCAAGUGCAACUCAUUGUACUUGACUAAUAGAGAUUCUAAAGAAACAGUUGGAAAUCACAAAACAAAAAAAAAAAGGAUUACAUCAUGUCUAUUGAAAUUGCCAUUGAUCGUGGUGGAACCUUUUGUGACGUUGUUGCUAAAAUUCCUGGAGAGAGCGACUAUGUGUUCAAGUUACUUUCGGUUGACCCAAAGAACUACAAGGAUGCCCCCACCGAGGGAAUUAGACGAGUCUUAGAGCGUGCUCUGGGUAAGUCUAUCCCUAAGAACGAAAAGCUCAAGUUGGACAAUAUCGGUUCCAUUAGAAUGGGGACCACUGUGGCUACAAAUGCCUUAUUGGAAAGAAAGGGUGCCGCCGUAUGUUUAGUGACAACCAAGGGUUUCAAAGAUGUUUUGAGUAUUGGUAACCAAACUAGACCCCAUAUAUUCGACUUGACUGCCAAGAAGUUGGGCCAAUUAUAUGACAGUGUUGUUGAAAUUGAUGAAAGAGUGACUUUAGAAAAGUUUACUGAAGGCGGUGGUGAAAAUCUCAAAAUUGAUGAAUCAGAAGACGGUAUCGUGCAUGGGAUCUCUGGAGACGUAGUGCGAGUGAUACAAGUUCCAGAUUUGGAACAGGUUGAAAAACAAUUACAAAAGGUAUACGACUCUGGAAUCAAAACCCUUGCCCUUUCUCUUCUUCAUUCAUACGCUUACCCUAAUCAUGAAAAAGACGUGGCAACCAUUGCCAAGAAAAUCGGGUUCACUUCUGUAUCUGUUUCUCAUGAGCUCCAACCCAUGAUUGGUAUGGUGAAUCGUACUUCUUCCACUGUAGCCGAUGCUUAUCUUACUCCAAUUAUUAACGAAUAUCUCGAAAACUUUGGUUCUGGAUUUGAAGGUGGACUAGACCUGUUUGGUAACAAGCUUUUGUUUAUGCAAAGUAACGGUGGUUUGUGUCCAUGGUACAAAUUCACUGGUCUUAAGGCCAUUCUCUCUGGUCCAGCCGGUGGUAUGGUUGGUUACGGAGAAACAUGUUAUGAUUCAAGAACCAAUCGUGCCACCAUCGGGUUUGAUGCUGGUGGAACUUCUACCGAUGUAUCAAGAUACACCGGUAAAUUAGAACAUAUUUAUGAAACCGUUGUCAGUGAAGUUAAUUUACAAACACCUCAAUUGGAUAUUUCCACUGUGGCUGCUGGUGGUGGAUCAAUGUUGUUCUGGAAGAAUGGAAUGUUUGUUGUUGGACCCGAAAGUGCUGGAAGUGACCCUGGUCCUGUGUGUUACCGUAAGGGUGGCCCACUUACCGUUACAGAUGCCAAUUUGUUUUUGGGUAGACUUCUUCCUGAAUAUUUCCCCAAAAUCUUUGGUCCUAAUCAAGACCAAGGAUUGGAUUAUGAUUUAACUAAAUCUAAGUUUGAGGAACUUACUGUAGAAAUUAAUAAGUCAAAUCUGUCCAAACUUACUGCUGAAGACGUAGCCCUGGGAUUUUUGAAAGUGGCCGUGGAGGCUAUGGCUCGUCCAAUUAGAUCUCUCACUGAAGCCAAGGGUUUUAACACUUCAGAUCACAAUUUGGCAUGUUUUGGAGGAUCCGGUGGUCAAUUUUCAGUUUCUCUUGCAAAGAAUUUGGGUAUUAGAGACGUUGCUAUUCACAAGUACUCUUCAUUAUUAUCUGCUUAUGGGAUUUACCUUGCGGAUAUUGUUAUUGACAAGCAAACUCCCGCUUCGAUUGCAUUCGAAGAAGAAAACUUUGCUGAUUUGGAUGCUAAAAUUGAUCAAUUGACCAAACUGGUGUACAAAGAUUGUGAAGAACAAGGAUUAAGCCAUUUUGAAUCUGAUCUUGAAGUGCUUCUUAACAUGAAGUACGUCGGAUCCGAUACUCAUUUACUUAUCCCCAAGUUACCUAAUCAAUACAACUCCAAGCAACUCUUUAUUGAUAGGCAUCAAGCCGAGUUUGGAUUUAGUAUGGACCGUAAGGUUUUGGUGGAUGAUGUUCAAGUUUUACUUGUGGUGAAGAGUAAAGAAAAGGCAGUUGCCAAUCCAUUCGAGGAAUUUGAGAAUAUGUCUACUUCUGGAACUUCUGCCCCUGCUGCUGUCGCAUCUACUUCUACACCAAUUUACUUUGAACAAAGUGGAUGGGUGGAUUGUUCUAUUUACCAAAUUUCUCAGCUUGCUACAGGAUGUGAAGUGGAAGGACCUGCUGUUAUUCUUGAUGAUACUCAAACUCUUCUUGUGGAACCAUUCCUGGCUGCAACAAUUCUUUCCAACCAUGUUCUCAUCAAGGUAGCUAACGAGGAACGUCCUGCUUUAUCUGAAAAAGUGGUUGACCCAAUUCAACUUUCUGUCUUUGGUCACCGGUUUAUGUCGGUAGCUGAACAGAUGGGUGAAACUCUUCAACAAACCGCCAUUUCUACCAAUAUUAAAGAACGGUUAGACUUUUCAUGUGCUAUUUUUGAUAAAAAUGGGGAUCUUGUUGCAAAUGCACCUCAUGUUCCAAUCCAUUUGGGGGCUAUGUCAUUUGCAGUCAAGGCACAAAUGGAAUUAUGGAAGGGUGAUUUGAAACCUGGUGAUGUGCUUGUUUCCAACCAUCCUAAGGCUGGUGGAUCUCAUUUGCCUGAUAUUACUGUCAUUACUCCUGUAUUGGACAAGGAUAAUAACCCUAUCUUUUGGACUGCGCUGAGAGGUCACCAUGCUGAUAUCGGAUCUAUUUCUGCUGGUAGUAUGCCACCAAACUCAAAGACCAUUUUCCAGGAAGGUGCUGCAAUCGUUACCCAUAAAUUGUGUGCUGCUGGAGUCUUUGAUGAAGCAGGUAUUACUCGCCUUCUUUUAGAAGAGCCAGCCAAGUUCCCAGGCUGUACUGGUACUCGUGCCUUGAGUGACAAUUUAUCCGAUUUAAAGGCACAGGUUUCAGCCAAUUAUAAGGGUAUUACUCUUCUCACUAGACUUAUCGAUGAUUUUAGUUACAAUAUCAUCAAUUUGUACAUGAAGGCUAUCCAGGACACUGCUGAACUCUCAGUUAGAAAUUUGUUGAAGGAUGCAUGGCGCAAGUUUGGUGGAGAAACAAUGAAGGCGGUAGAUUACUUGGAUGACGGAACACCCAUUAUCUUGGAAAUUACGAUCAACAAUGAAACUGGAGACGCUAUUUUUGAUUUUUCCAAGUCAGGAAAUGAGAUCUAUGGUAAUUUGAACGCACCAAAGGCUAUCUUAUACUCUGCUGUUUUAUACGUUCUUAGAUGUCUUAUCAGUACAGACAUCCCAUUGAACAAUGGGUGUUUGCAACCAAUUAACGUUAUAACAAGACCAGGCUCAGUUUUAGAUCCUUCAUACGAGGCUGCUGUUGUUGGUGGUAAUGUUGAGACCACCCAAAGAAUUGUUGAUGUCCUUUUGAAGGCAUUCCAAGCUUGUGCAGCUUCUCAAGGUACCUGUAACAACUUUACAUUUGGUGCAAAUGACGAAGUAAACAACAUUUCAUUUGGGUAUUACGAAACAAUCUGUGGUGGUUCUGGAGCUGGUCCUACUUGGGAUGGACAAAGUGUUGUUCAAUGUCAUACUACCAAUACCCGUAUUACUGACGUUGAGGUGUUUGAAAAGAGAUACCCAGUUAUUCUUCAUGAAUAUUCUGUUCGGGAAGGAUCUGGAGGUGUUGGAUUACACAGAGGAGGAGAUGGUGUAAUUAGAGAUAUUGAAUUUACAUAUGGACUUCAAGUUUCAUGUUUGAUGGAGAGAAGAUCUUUGGCUCCAUUUGGGUUACUUGGAGGAGGAGAUGGUAAGAGGGGGAUGAAUUACUGGUUGAGAAAGAAUGAAGACAACGAUGAAUAUCGUAGAAUCUCACUUGGCGGGAAGUGUACAGUUGAAGUUUCCAAAGGAGAUAGAGUUAUCAUUGAAACACCUGGUGGAGGGGCAUAUGGGGCCAUCAAGUCAGAAAAUGAUAAUUCUAGCGGCAAUGCGGUAGAUUAUAACAUUACCGGACCUGCGCCAAGUAUAUUAACAGGAUCUGUUCGAAUGCGUAACAUGAUUCAAGAAUCGAAUUAGGUGAGGUUUAAUUAAAUUAGGAAAUGUAUAUACC